CUUAUAAUGCAGAAAACCAGGACAGUUGCAAAGCAUGAUGUAAAGGAACUGCUCAGUGCAUUAAAUUCCAGUUUGCAAACAGUAACGGCUCGAGAAUCAUAG